AUGUACGCCCCCUCGGGUCUAGCGCCAGGCGCUGCUGAGGGGAGGGCGCCGUCGGCGCCUGUCUCCUCGGGACUUCUGGGGCCCUCUCAGCAGCUCCAGCAGCUCCAGCAGUUGUUUUCUUCUCAGCAACCUGCCAACUUCCCCUCCUUUUUCCCUUCUGUCCCAGGAGCCGCAGCCUCCGCGACGCCCGCCCCUGGCCUGUCCCUCUCCCCGCCGGCCCAGAGCAGCUUCUUCCCCACGGCCGGCGUGGCCCAGCCGCCGAGCGGCGAGCCGGCGCAUGCAGUUUACCCGCAUAUGCCUUUCGGGGCUGAGCAGGCCGGGCGGGACCCCGGAGCAGGCGUCAAGACGCAGGGCGAGAGAGGCGGCUCGGGAGAAGAAGCCGUUCGCGCCGCACAGGAGCAACUCUCCAAACUCCAGCAUUUGUUUGCGGCGGGCCAGGGCGUUGCGGGGCAGAACGGCACUUCGCGGUUCCGCGAGGACGAGCGGGGCGCGAGAGCCCGAGGUGACGCAGUCGGCGUCGCCGGCAGCGCCGACGGAGCUGGCCGAGGCCAAGGCGAGGACGGGACGACUGGAAGAAUGGCCGUCUUCAUCGACUACCCUGCAGCCGCCUUUAGCCUCGUGCCCGAAGACGUUCGCAACUUUCUCUCGGUCUUUGGGACGGUGAAGCAGGUGUCUCUCUCGCGGAGGCGCGCCGCUGCAGACGUUCUGAUCAGCCCCGCAGCGGCGGUGGACGCUUGUGUGAAGGAACUAAACGAGACGUUCCUCCCGGGGUUCGGGGUCCUCCGCGUCUCGCCCUUGGCGGCCCGCGGUCCGCCGAUUGAGGAGCUGCUGCCGGCGUCGACUGCGGAUCCGCUGGCCCCGCCUGGAGUCGGGAAGGCUGCGCCUGCCGAAGCGCCUCCGGGGCGGAGAGAGCCCGACGAGGCGCGGUUCGACCGGCGAGAGGCGAAGGCGAAGGGAGACAGCCGCAAGGGCGACGAGGACCGGAGAAGGGAGGGCAGAAAGCAAGUCUGCAGGCUUGAGCUCGUCGGCCUCUUCACCUACGAGCCGGAAUUCGACGUCACCCGCGCGCUCCUCGGUGAACACAACGGCAACAUCAGCUACAUCAUGGACCAGACGCAACACAAAGUUGACUUGUCAAUCAAAGGCAAGGCUGUGAACGAAGCUCCCGUCGCAGAGCGUCUCCACCUGUCUCUCUCGUCCGACGACGCAGAAGCGUACGAGAAGGCACUGAACAUGGCCGAAGACCUUCUCCAGUCCGUCUGUGAGCAGUUUGUUGCGUUCUGUCGGUCGAAGCACCUGCCGCCGCCAGUUACCGCGACGUUCCGGCGCCACCAGUACGAGCAGCAGCCCGAUGGAUCUCUGACCUACUUGGGGGUCACGGAGCGGGCGCCUGUGUGGCUCGGGUCUUCGCCUUCCCACAGUUCCUCGAAUCGCGGCGGGUCUUCGCCCCCGCCGCUGGCCUCGUCGCCGACUUCCUCAAUGGCCCCGCCUGCCUCCAUGGCGCCUGCAGGGCUCUCGGGCCCGCCCGCCGCCUCAGCUCUUCUCCCGGGCGGGGCAGGCGCCCAGAUGUCUUCUUCGGCCCCGGUCGCGGGUCUCCCUGGGCCCGGAAGCCCGAGCAACGGGGCCUCAGCGGGGCUCCCUGCGGCGUCUCUCCUUGCCGCUCCGCACCUCGCUCCCAUGCCCCAUCCGCUGCCCCACCCUGGCGGCUUGCCGCUGCCAGGCCCCCUCGGCCACCCGCACCCCGUGGGUUUGCCUGCUCUCUCCUCGCCGAGCGGCGCGGGCCCCGCGCCCCACGGGGCGCUCGGUCACUUGCCGCAUCCGGGGGCGACGCCUGGGGCGCCGGGGGCCUUGCUGGCGCACCCUGCGCACGUCUCGCGACCGCCCCACCUGGAUCCCCUCGCGGGCCCGCACCCGCUGGGGCUUCCGCAUCCACACGGCGUCUCGCACUUGGCCCCGCCUCCCGGCUCCUUCCUGCCGCCGGGGGCCCUGGCACCGCAUCCGUUCGGUGUCGGGCCCCAUCCCGCACCCGGCGGUGUGCUCGUCCCGCCUGGUCUCGGGGACUUCGCCGCUGCCAUGGAGGCCGCUCUCGCGGCCUCUGGGGCUGGUGGCAGGGCGCCGGGCAACCGGCGCGAAGGGCGCCGCAGCAGGAGCCGAGAGCGAGGCAGUCGCGAGCGGGGCGGGAGAGAGCGAGACAAGAGAGAUGGUCAAUAUCGUGGCGGCUCGCCUGCUGCGUCGAGGAGAGGUCGAGGCGCAAGUGGACGAGGCCCCAGCAGCGGCCGCGGAGGGCGAGGCGGGAGCGCUGGGAGAGGUGACAGUGCAAGAGGGAGAGGCAGCGUCGGGCGAGGGGAGGGCCGUUGA